CUUGGAAACAAUCCCCCGCGUCCCAUUGCACUUCAUCAGAAUUCACCCCGACUCGCACCUCACCACCAUUCACUUCGCCCACAAUGCACCUGUGAGGCUGAUCUGUCGAUACGCACGGGGAUCGCAUUCCCAUUCCCAGUCCCCUUGAUGGACGACCUCUCGGAAUUCCAAUCACUGCUACUAAGAGAAAUGUUGUUCGCCCAGUCCCCGUAUGUACUCUGUAUAGCCUUCCCAUCUGAAGUUACGUAUGCGUAGCCUCAGCACGGUCUUUGUUCCGAUUCUCCUCCUCUUCCCAACCAACACAACCAUAAGCGAUUGAUCGGCACAGCAACGACAAUGAUGUGUGCAUAAUGCCUCUGUUUCUGCCAUGUCAAGUCUGUUGAACCCAGCUAACCAAGUCAGGCUCCGUCAAGUGUCAUUUUGGGGUGCAGCAGAUAGCUGAGCGAUCACAAUAUGUCCUCCCGCUUCAAUUCUCCCGAGCUGCGCAAGCCAGCCGGCUCGCCUAGGCCCAAGGGACGAGGUGUGUGGUAGUCGGAGGUCGUCGUUAUGGUAUCAGGCGGGUGCGCUGACACGAUGUAUUGCAGAAAACGCGAAGGAUACCCUAUGCCGGAAUGUUCUAAUAUAUGGCCAUUGCCGCUAUGAAGACCAAGGCUGUGCCUUCAACCAUGAUCCGAACAAAACAAACUCGGUUCAACUAGAAUCGUAAGUAUAUGGCAUUUCGUUGUGUUGAGGAUCCAAAGCCCGUCUAUCCCAGAAUCGGCAUGAGGAGCGAGUGUGGCUGGGAGUGAUGGGCAGAAAAACGUGGGGAAGAUGUCCAAGUCAAAAGAAAAUGGUCGUUUGGGCUGUCACUUGCGUUCAUGGUGGAAGUCGCGGACUAAGCGAGUGUCCUGUCCAGCGAGGACUUGGCCUCCUCGCGGGCUCGACUUCCCUUCCCCUACACGUCCCUCCAUCUCGACACCCCCGCAAGCUCAACGACACCAAAGAAUCCAACGGUUUUCAUGUCCUCACGCAUCAUUUCCUCGCCAUACUUCUUCCCGCACUGGAUUCAAGUCAUGAGCAACUCGAACAGAAACAGUGACAAUGGAACAACUGAAUCCCCAGGCCCCUCCCAUCUAUCUAUCCCCCUCCCAAACCCCGCAGCCUCCCUCGCAAUUCGUCGUCUCGAGGAAGCCAACCCCGGACUCAUUCCCCCAAUUCUCGGCAAUGGUCGUCGAGGGGCCAUAUCAGGUCUCGCAGGCAAUCCCAAGGGUCCCCAAGGCUUCCAAGGCACUGCGAAUAACAAUGCCGCCACGGGAAACCAAUGAUGGACUCAAUGUAACUAACUACUCCGCUCCUAGCAAGAAAACUCUUAAUGUCGACUCGCCUUCGUUCACGCCUGCGGCAUUACCAUUGCCAGGCAAAUCGUCUUCUAUAACCUCUCAAGCUGCCAAUGCAGCACCAUUCACGCCUCGUGGGCUCGCCAGUGGUAAGUCCUCAAUCUCUCAACUUGCGCGUAAACUUCUAAUAUCUCUCAGGUACCGUUACUCCAAAUCCCCAACCAGACUCACUUCCCCCUGUUUUCAAUCCUGCUACCAUUCGAGAAUUCACACCCCAAAAUUACGAGCCUGAAAACGUGAGUGCAUCUUGCUUCCAAGCAUGUUUGAUCUUCCUCGUCAAGAAAAUUGACAUGCAGUUUGUACGAUGGAAUCUGACGUGGUUUACCAGAGCCUCGCAAAUGAUAUCUCUGGCACUGAACAUCAUUAUGGAGACCCCUUCCAAAUGUCUGCUGUCACACAGGCGAUGCCAACACCUACACAUUAUAAUCCUUAUUUGGAAGAGAAUUCAACUAUGGGUAGUAAUGGGGCAGGAUACUUUCAGUCGAGCGCGGCUUUUAUGGCUCCUGGACAACCCGUAAGUUUCAACACUUCAAACCUCAUCCCUGCAAUGCUAAUCAUUGGCAGUUACAAUACCACCUUUACGCCCCCAUCGGUCCUCACAGAGAAGAUCUUUUGGCUUAUCAAAAACUUGCACAUGAUUUCUUCAUGCCAGAAGCUCUUCGGGAGGAGUUACAUAAGAAGGCAGAAGCGACCUUUCAAGUCAUGCCAAGUAAGGUCUCUGUUCAAAUCAAUUUGUUUCUCCACUGAUAAUCUGUAGAUUCCCAAUUACCGACACUCGACAAUUAUCAUACAUUGGUCGCUUUAGAUACUAGCCAUCGAAAGAGUGCUACUGUGUUCGGAUAUCCAAGUUGGGUUUAUAAAGCAACCUCCAUGAAAAACGGCUUCAUGUAUACAUUGAGGCGUCUUGAAGGUACUUAAUGCCCCACUCUGUCUGCUCUCUUCUAACAAACUUCAGGAUAUCGCUUGACCAAUGAGAGAGCUAUUCGAUCUGUCAAAGAGUGGAGACGAGUCAAUUGCGGAGGAGUGGUCUCUGUGGUUGACGCAUUUACUACAAGAGCAUUUGGCGACAGCUCACUCAUCUUCGUCACCAAUUAUCAUCCUCUCUCUAAGACUUUAGUAGAGCAUCACUUUGCCAACACCAAUCGCUUCGGUAAUCGAGUCACGCAAACCGUUCCAGAACAAGUUUUGUGGAGUUAUAUUGUUCAGCUGGCUUCUGCUGUGAAGGCUGUUCAUGCUGCUAGUUUGGCUGUUCGAUGUAUGGACCCUAGUAAAGUCAUACUAACUGACAAGGGACGAGUCCGUUUGAAUGCAUGCUCUGUUCUGGAUGUGGUUCAAUUCGAUGCCCAACGUCCUCUCGUGGAAUUUCAACAAGAAGACUUUAUUCACUUUGGAAAGUUGAUAUUGUCCAUCGCUACGCACAACCUGUCCGUUAUGACUUCGCAUACUCUUAUGGUGUUUGUGGAGCAACUCAACCGUACCUAUACGCCGGAGUUUCGGGAAACCGUAGUCUGGCUUCUCACACCAGCGCCACCGGGGCAAACGAAGAAUGUCGGGGAAUUCUUGAGCGGGAUCGCUAGCCAUGUGGCUGAUGCAUUUGAUAGCAGUCUCCACGCGAACGAUACGCUUUACUCGGAAGUCAAUCGAGAGGUAGAGAAUGGUCGGUUAGCACGUCUUCUCAUGAAGCUUGGUGCGAUCAAUGAACGACCAGAAUACGAUGGUGACAGUAAUUGGAGCGAGACUGGGGAACGCUAUGUCUUGAAAUUAUUCCGAGACUUUGUGUUCCACCAGGUUAAUGCGGACGGUAGACCGGUUGUGGAUAUGGGACAUAUGAUCUCUUGUCUCAAUAAAUUGGAUGCUGGCAGCCAGGAGAAAAUCACACUGACCAGCAGGGAUGAACAGACCGUCUUCAUCGUCACAUAUAAUGAGAUGAAGAAGCAGAUCAAUUCGGCAUGGGCAGAGCUACAAAAGCCACCCAGACGCUGAGGAUCUUUUGGAAGGGAUUUGCAUUUGCUAUGUUGAUAGUAUUUUGAGCGUAUGGGUCACGAUGUGCCACCAAGUAGGAUUUCACGCCCGUUGCAAAAUAUGGGAAACAGUGGAUAUCCAUAGAAGUCUCCUGGAUAGAGCUGUAUUAUCAUGGAGUGCUGGAGAUGCAGACACUCACAGGGGCAAGAUUUCGGGUCCGUAGAAGAAGAAAUGAAAAACAUUUACAAACUAAUCACAUCUUGCAGGUGGAGUGAGCGAUGAUAAAAUAUUGAGACUAUGUCCACUUUAUUUUGUUCGUAACAACCAUCUCGUGGCCACCUAACG